AAAAUGCGUGAAGCUGACUUUCGAAUCGGUGUGUUGUGAUCGUGAGUCAGUCUCAGUCGGUACGGACUCGCAGGCGGCUGCGGACGCCAUGCUGCGCGCAGUGACGGAAGGCUGGAAACGCUACUGGUGGGGAACAGGGAUUUUGCCAGACCGAACAAAUCGUAUAGAAGACAUCUACUUAAGAUUUUACAACGGGAGUACAGAAGAGGAGUACGUAGACUUUCCCCUGGGCCAAGCUUCUCGACUAUUCGAUAUAAAGGGUUUCGACAAGAACAAUCCCACUGUGCUUUACAUACAUGGAUUCAUCGAAACGGCGCAACAGGAGAGUGUCCAGGUCAUGGUGAGCGCCUACUUGGAAGCGAAGCCCAGCACCAAUGUCGUGCUCCUGGACUGGUCAAAUAUGUCACAUGGCUCGUAUUUGGUCAACGCUGCAAGGAACACUAAAAAGGUAGGCGCAGCGGCAGCUGAGCAGAUCCACAAUCUGCUAGAAUCGGGACUGCAGCUGGAAAAGCUGCACGUCAUCGGACACUCGCUCGGCAGCCACGUCGCCGGCUACACGGCGAGGGAGCUCAAAAACAAAUAUCAAAAGACUGUCAAAAGAUUAACCGCUCUCGAUCCGGCCUUUCCAGCGUUUUACCCCGACGGCGUGAUGAUGGAGCAUGUGAGCGCCAAGGACGCCGAGUUCGUGGACGUGAUCCACACGGACGCCGGCGGCUACGGCGCGCCCGUGCGCACGGGAACCGCGGAUUUCUGGCCCAACGGCGGCAAAAGCAUACAGCCCGGCUGUCCGAGGUUCGCGCCCAUACCGCUCUCUGAUGAUAAUUUAUGCAGUCACUGGAGGUCGUGGCGCUUCUACGCGGAGUCGAUCCGGAACCCGGAGGCAUUCCCGGCAUCCCCUGCAGAGUCCUACCACAAAUUCCGCGACAACCCCACGCCCGAAGUGGGAAUGGUCUACAUGGGUGAAAAUUGUGAUACCAGUGCGCAGGGCUCUUACUACCUGACAACGAAUUCAAAAACUCCGUUCGGAAAAGGCAUGGACGGCAUCCAUUCGAAAAGCAAAAAACAACAAAGAUAGGUCACCAAGUUAGAAGUACCUGAGAAUUUAGUCUAAAUUGAAACGCACAUUAACAGUAUAUUUGGAUCUAAGUAUUGGUAGAUUUAGGAUUUUCAUUAAGUAGUUAGAUGGUAAGUAUUACAUGCAAGGGUUUUAAAAAAUUGACAAUCAAGAUAAAAAAUUUAACUUAAGGAAAAUGGCAUUUAUUUAUACGUCGAGUCGAGUAUGCCGUCGACUGAAAAACAACUCUAAAGGCUCACACAAUUUUCACCGAAUUCGUUUGACAAGUUUUGUCCUAUAUUAUAAGUAUUGUGUUGAUAAAACGUAGCCGUCUGUGGAGCCCAUAAACAUCAUAAGCAUGGGUUUUCCAGACCUAUUACACUCUCGUUUGUCUUCACGGCCAUAAAAUGAACUUAAAGCAAAUUACGUAACAAUAAACCUUGACUUUUAAGAAUGCAUGACAAUGGUUUGCUAGAGUCAAUCGCUGUUUCUACAAUCACUGCGACCGUGUUAUUGAUGUACAGCAGCGGUCGGCAAUCAGCGGCCCGCGUACCUCUCACUUGCGGCCCGCGAGCCUCCCUGGCUAUUUUGUAUGUAAUAUUGACUAAUGAUAAUGUCUGAUAUAAUCAUAAAUAUUAACAAAGUGCGGCCCGCGUCCACUUCAUUAACUGCUAUGUGGCCCUUGGUUACUAAAAGGUUGCCGACCGCUGAUUUACAGUAUAAAGUCAAUUAAACAACAUUUGGAAUGAACUUACUUCACGGUCGUGUAUUGUGCGUAAUUUUCGAAGCAUUCAUUUUUAUUUUUUUGGGUAGGUACCUAACUAAGUAAUCAAAUAAAUAUUACUUUAAAUUUGUCAUUGCGUGAUAUUGCCUAAAAUGAAUAUGUUCGUAAAUAUUCACGACAGUCCUUAAGUAUUUAAACAAAAUAUUACUUAACUUUAUACCUAUUACUUAUGAAUGUGAUUUUUUGAGUUUUUUUAUACUUAUCUAGCUUAUCUCAAAUAUAUCGCUCUACCAAAUGAAAACAUGGCUUAGGCACAGUAUAAUAAAGAGUACUAACGUACAGUAUGGACACUCCCUGCCUCCCGUUGAAAGUGCCGCCCACCCGCUCUCGGUUACCUCACAGUUACCGGCUGGCAAGGACGCGACGACGCGGUGCGCAGAGCGGAGGCCACGUAAAAUAUUAAAAUAUUAAACAAAUAUUUACAAAACCUAUCAGAUCACACUGAAAACAACACAAUAUCUAUAUGAACAAAAAAUCAUGUUUUCAACUUACGUAAUAUUUUGGUGGCCUGAUUUCCUUACAAAAAUUUUGUUACUUCGUUUAUACUGAUUCAAAAUAGGAAACUAUUGUAUAAAUCGAGCUUAGAUACCCACCUUAGCAUAAUACGAUUCUUAUUUCUUCCUAAUUCGCGCAAUGAGUUUUGAGUCAUUGAGGUCAUCGAACUUGACAACAAAAUGGCGAGAACCCUCGCACGUCUUAUCUCACUCACACAAGCAUAGUACGCGUUCACCUACACGAGCUUAGACGUGUGCGUAGGAACGCGUUUGUUUCAUACAUUUGAUCGCCAGUGUCCGGGGUGUGGCUUAGGCCAACGCAUUAAUGUACCUAAAUCUUAAUGAAUUUGUAAAUUUGUAAAACCUGCUGACUAUAUAUUAAACAUAGUUAUCAACCAAUAAUUAUAUGUUUACAUAAGCCUAUGCAAUUUUAUAUAAAGAUGUAGUUAUGACAGCCGAGCAUAUUUACUCAUAGGAAAGUAAUGAUAACGAUAAACCAAUAAAUAUAAUAUCUGUGGCCCUAGUGAAAAAGGGUACAAGUCUCACGCAGCUUAGGACUAAAAGGGCAUAAGUGUUACUUGGAACUUAUACCCAUUUACAACCGCGCUGCCCGAGACAUGUACCUUUUUUCACUAGGGACACAGAUAUAUUAUUUGGCCGUGAUGAAUAAAACGCCGCUGUUUAAAAACACCCUCAGCCCUCCUUUUCUCAUCGGAGGUCGACUGGAAUAAUUCCACGAUCCUAUCGUACGUUUUGAUUAAAAAAUAAGAAGUCUAAAAUUGAUAUACAGUACAUAAUCACAGUAGGUAUAUAAAACGACAUCACGUAUCAGUGUUCAAUCGGUACUUAAUAAAAGGCUUUACUUUUCCGUAUUUAUAUUGUAUUGCGGAAACAUAAUGUUUAAGUAGGACUAUUUUAAAGAUGUAACGGCUCCUCUACACGAUGGGCCAACGCCGGCCAGUCCAAGGCACGCAUUUAUGCGUUAGAGGGAGCAAGUGAUAUUGCUAUCUCAUUCUACCGCAUAGCUGCGUCCCAUGGAGUGGCCGGCGUUGGCCCAUCGUGUAGAGGAGCCAUAACUUAUCACAAACGAUGUGGCGAUGGCGCUAACAUUUAGCACUUUCUUGUAAAUUUCAAUUAAAGUUCUGUUUACAUUUAA